AUGAGCACAUUAUCUUACCAAAGCACAUUAAAAAAGUUACCAAUACCUCCCCUUGAUGAAACUUGUGUCAACUACCUUAAAGUAUUAAAGCCCCUUCAAACAGAAAAGGAGUAUGAAAGGACGGUAGAAGCUGUUCAGCAAUUCUUGAAGGACGGUACGGGGAAAUACUUGGAUUCAGAGCUUAGAAAGUAUGGGGAAUCUAGAAAUUCAUACAUUGAACAGUUUUGGUACGACUCUUAUUUAAACUACGAUUCUCCUGUUGUUCUAAAUUUGAAUCCUUUCUUCCUAUUGGAAGAUGAUCCAUUCCAUAAUGAAUCUAUGACUUUAAAUCCUCAGGUGAAAAGAGCUGCUUCGUUGACCUUGUCGUCCUUAAAAUUCAUUAGAGCUCUUAGAAAUGAGACAUUACCGGUGGACAAACUUCGUAACGGACAACCGUUGUGCAUGUACCAAUACUCCAAGUUAUUCGGAGCUUCCAGAAUUCCAACUGAUGAUGGUUGCUUGCUUCAAUCGGACCCAAAGUCGAACCAUUUAGUGGUGAUGAGUAAAUCGCAAUUUUAUUGGUUUGACGUAAUGGACAAUGACAACAACAUCAUUCUACUGGAAAAUGAAUUAUGUGUGAAUUUUACCUCGAUUAUUCAUGAUUCAUUAAAAUCACCCAAUGAUGAGAUCGCUAAGUCCAGUUUUGGGGUGUUAACAACAGAGAAUAGAAGAAUUUGGGCUAAGAUCAGGAGCUCGAAGGCCAUUUGCGACAAUGAGGUUAACAAAGAAAUCUUAUCUAUUGUUGAUUCGUCUCUUUUUAUUUUAUGUCUAGAUGAUUUAGCAUUAGAAGAUUUGUCGGACUUGGCCAAGAAUAUGUUAUGUGGGUUAUCUAUUUUAGACAAAGGUGUCCAAGUCGGGACUUGUACUAAUAGAUGGUAUGAUAAACUUCAGAUCAUUAUUACUAAAAAUGGAAAAGCAGGUAUCAAUUUUGAACACACUGGAGUUGAUGGCCACACAGUUUUAAGAUUUGUUAGUGAUAUUUAUACAGAUUCAAUCUUGUCAUUUGCCCAAUUGAUUAAUGGGAAUUCACCUUCUUUGUGGGAACAGGACAAUAAGAUACAACAAUCCAGAGCUAGAGCCGGUAGUGUGGGAGGCUCUGAAUAUGUUACUAUCCCAAGAAAAUUAGAGUGGGAGCUUACUCCAGAUUUAUCAUUGGCACUUAGAUUUGGGGAAACUAGACUUUCUGACUUAAUUAACCAAAAUGAGUUUAAACAUUUGGAAUUUAAGAGAUACGGAUCUUCUACUAUCAAAAAAAUGAAAUACAGUCCUGAUGCAUUUGUACAGAUGGCAUUUCAAGCUACUUACUAUGCCUUAUAUGGAAAAGUUGAAUGCACUUAUGAACCUGCAAUGACAAAGCAGUUUUUCCAUGGGAGGACAGAAGCUGUUAGGUCAGUUUCACAAGAAUCAAACUUAUUUGUUAGAAAGUUUUUUGAUCUGCAAGUGUCCAAUUCUGAAAAAUUGAAAUACUUACUGGGUGCUUGUAAUAAGCAUUCAGAUCAAACCAAGCAAGCUGCCUCUGGACAUGGGGUAGAUAGGCACUUAUAUGCGUUAUUCUGCAUUUGGAAGAGGUAUGUUUCAGAAGCAGAAGAGCACGAAGAAGAGAUGAGCGCUACAGCCCUCAAGGGAGAGGAUUCUAUUCUGACAAUCAAUGGAGGUAAUACCCAAUCUGCUUCAUCUGAUGAAACUCUUUUAGGUGGUGAUUCUAAAUAUAAGGUAUUACCAUCAAUCUUUGCCGAUCCAGGUUGGGAUAGAUUGAACAAUACUAUCAUAUCUACUUCGAAUUGUGGUAACCCCUCUCUUCGUUUGUUUGGAUUUGGACCUGUUCUGGCAAAUGGGUUCGGAUUAGCAUAUAUUAUAAAAGAUGAUCUGAUAUCUAUCUGUGCUGCUUCAAAGCACAGACAAACAAAAAGAUUUUUAGUUACUUUGGAAUCUUACUUGAAUGAAGUUGAAAGGAUUUUCCUUGAGGUAAAUUCCAAACCUGUUGUUCCUAGUGCAAUUGAAAAGUUGAAAAUUGAAGUACCUAAAGCAGCAAGACCAAUUCCUAAGACUGAACUGCUGUUACACACAUUAUUGGGUGGAUAUGGAUACUUUGAUAUGGGAGAUGACGACAUUAAGUCAAGAGGUCCAAGUCCAGAGCCGCCAUAUUUGAACAGAAAUAACAGCGGCUUCUCCUUAAGAGACAUUGGAAAGAAGCUCAGAUUAAGUGAGUAUUAG